GAGAGCCUCCCUGAGAGGCUUCACAGCGAAGAGGAUGUGCAGUGCCCUUCAGGACGCCCACUGGACCCUCGCUCGGAGGCGCAGGAGCUGGCUCUGUGCUGGGGCGCUGGUGCUGGCCAGCGGCCUCUUCCUCCUUGGCUUCGUCUUUGGUUGGGUUAUAAAAUCUUCCAGUGAAUCUAUGACUGCUCGACAGCAACACAUGAAGAAGAUAUUUUUGGAUGAAUUGAAAGCUGAGAACAUCAAGAAGUUCUUAUAUAAUUUUACACGGAUACCACAUUUAGCAGGAACAGAACAAAACUAUCAACUUGCAAAGCAAAUUCAAUCCCAAUGGAAAGCAUUUGGCUUGGAUUCUGUUGAGUUAGCCCAGUAUGAUGUCCUUUUGUCUUACCCUGAUGAGACUCAUCCCAACUACAUCUCAAUAAUUGAUGAAGAUGGAAACGAGCUUUUCAACACAUCGCUAUUUGAACCACCUCCUCCCGGAUAUGAAAAUGUUUCAGAUGUUGUGCCACCUUUCAGUGCCUUCUCUCCACAAGGAAUGCCAGAGGGCGAUCUAGUGUAUGUUAACUAUGCACGGACUGAAGACUUCUUUAAACUGGAGCGGGACAUGGGAAUCAGUUGCUCUGGAAAGAUUGUCAUUGCCAGAUAUGGGAAAAUUUUCAGAGGAAAUAAGGUUAAAAACGCCCAGCUGGCAGGUGCCAAAGGUGUCAUUCUGUAUUCAGACCCAGCUGACUACUUUGCUCCUGGGGUUGAGCCCUAUCCAGAUGGUUGGAAUCUUCCAGGAGAUGGUGUCCAGCGUGGAAAUAUCUUAAAUCUUAAUGGUGCAGGCGACCCUCUCACACCGGGGUAUCCAGCAAAUGAAUAUGCUUACAGACGUGGAAUGGCAGAGGCAGCUGGUCUUCCGAGUGUUCCUGUACACCCAAUUGGAUACAGUGAUGCCCAAAAACUCCUAGAAAAAAUGGGCGGGUCAGCACCACCAGAUCACAGCUGGAAAGGAACUCUGCAAGUGCCCUACAACGUUGGACCGGGCUUUAUGGGACACUUCUCUACACACAAAGUCAAGAUGCACAUUCAGUCCAUCAAUAAAGUGACCAGAAUUUACAAUGUGAUUGGAACUCUCAGAGGAGCAGUGGAACCAGACAGAUACAUCAUUCUUGGAGGCCACCGAGACUCAUGGGUUUUCGGUGGCAUUGACCCUCAGAGUGGAGCAGCUGUGGUUCAUGAAAUUGUGAGAAGUUUUGGAAAGCUGAAGAAGGAAGGGUGGAGACCAAGAAGAACAAUUCUGUUUGCCAGUUGGGAUGCAGAAGAAUUUGGUCUUCUGGGGUCUACUGAGUGGGCAGAGGACAAUUCCAGAAUCCUUCAGGAACGUACUGUGGCCUACAUCAAUGCUGAUUCUUCUAUAGAAGGAAACUACACCCUGAGAGUUGACUGUACACCACUGAUGUUCAACUUGGUAUACAACCUAACAAAAGAGCUGCAAAGCCCUGAUGAAGGCUUUGAAGGCAAAUCCCUUUACGAGAGCUGGAAAGAGAAAAGUCCUUCUCCAGAGUUCAGCGACGUGCCCAGGAUUAACAAAUUGGGAUCUGGUAAUGAUUUUGAAGUUUUCUUCCAAAGACUUGGCAUUGCUUCAGCACGAGCACGUUACACUAAAAACAGGGAAAGAAGCAAAUUCAGUAGCUAUCCACUAUAUCACAGUGUCUAUGAAACAUAUGAAUUGGUGGAAAAGUUUUAUGAUCCAACAUUUAAGUAUCACCUCACUGUGGCCCUGGUUCGAGGGGGAAUGGUGUUUGAACUAGCCAAUUCCAAAGUGCUUCCAUUUGACUGUCAAAAGUAUUCUGAAGUUUUAAGAAAUUAUGCUGACAAGAUCUACAAUAUCUCAAUGGCAUACCCACAAGAAAUGAAAGCAUACAACAUAUCAUUUGGUUCACUUUUUUCUGCAGUGAAGAAUUUUACAGAAAUUGCUUCUAAAUUCAAUGAGAGACUUCAGGACUUGGACACAAGCAAGCAUGUUAUCUACGCUCCAAGCAGCCACAACAAGUAUGCAGGGGAGUCAUUCCCGGGAAUUUAUGAUGCUCUGUUUGAUAUUAAAAGGAAAGUAGACCCUUCCAAGGCCUGGGGAGAAGUGAAGCGACAGAUCUCUAUUGCAGCCUUCAUAGUACAGGCCGCAGCAGGGACUCUGAAAGAAGUAGCCUGAGAAGGUUUUUGCAAGAGUUAAUAUUGAAUUAGUAAACGACCUAAAAGAAAUCACUACAGACAUACUGAUAACCUCAAAAAAGUUGGUUUAUAAAUAACAUAUAUAUAUGUUAUUUUUACAUUAAUAUAUGUAUUCAUAAAAGCAUUCACAGUUCUCCAAGGGGAUCGAAAGAAAUGGACACUUUUUAUUCUAUACUUACACAAAGCUACUCUAAAGUUGAUCUAGGUAUUAAAACUAAGGAGGAAUAACUAUACUUAAAUUCCUA